UUAAACCAACGGAACCAGACCAGUCUCCUAGGCCAGACACACGACCUAGCUCCCACCUAGCGUAUCCCUCCUCCCUCCUUCCUCCCCACCCCACCCAAACCCCAUCCCGCCCCUCUCCUUCCCAGUUCCCUCCCCUUUACCCUUCCCUUCCCUUCCUUCCCUGCGUCCCUUCCCUAAAUAACCUACUCUACUUUUACCCUUCCACACCUGAAAACCCUCAACCCCCUGCAAAGCAUCGGCAGACUCUUCGCUCCACCCCCAACCUCUAGCCGUCUCCCAACAGCUUCCUCUUCCCAGGCCAGAAUGACGUCUUCCAGUCCCCCACCAUAUGAGCCGGAAGUGCGUCAUGUGGAGGCGCCAAGGCGCUCGUUUGGCGCGCGCGCCGUUGGCGGCGGAUCUAAGCUGAGUUCUUGGAUCUUGUCUUGUUUCUCCCUGGCUUUUGACUUUUUCUGGACCCUGGUGUCUACGAUUUCCGAGAUGCCGUCUUCUUUGCUGGGCGCAGUGAUGCCGGCCUCUACAUCGGCCGCAGCCCUGCAGGAAGCUCUGGAAAAUGCUGGACGGCUCAUCGACCGUCAGUUGCAAGAGGACCGCAUGUACCCGGACCUUUCCGAGUUGCUUAUGGUGUCUGCCCCAAAUAAUCCCACUGUUUCUGGCAUGUCAGAUAUGGAUUAUCCUUUACAAGGACCUGGUUUGCUGUCCGUACCCAACCUUCCAGAGAUCAGUUCCAUCCGAAGAGUUCCUCUCCCACCUGAACUUGUUGAGCAGUUUGGACAUAUGCAGUGUAAUUGCAUGAUGGGUGUGUUCCCUCCUAUCAGCAGAGCUUGGCUCACGAUUGACAGUGAUAUAUUCAUGUGGAACUAUGAGGAUGGAGGAGACCUUGCCUAUUUUGAUGGACUUAGUGAGACUAUUCUUGCUGUGGGGCUUGUGAAACCAAAAGCUGGCAUCUUUCAACCUCAUGUACGACACCUCCUGGUUUUGGCGACCCCUGUAGACAUAGUAAUUCUUGGACUGAGCUAUGCUAAUUUGCAAACAGGUUCUGGAGUUCUUAAUGAUAGUAUGUCUGGUGGAAUGCAGUUGCUUCCAGAUCCUUUAUAUUCUCUUCCUACUGAUAAUACUUACCUUUUAACAAUAACUUCCACUGAUAAUGGCAGAAUUUUCUUGGCUGGAAAGGAUGGCUGUUUAUAUGAAGUAGCCUACCAGGCUGAAGCAGGGUGGUUUAGCCAAAGAUGUAGGAAAAUAAACCACUCAAAGAGCUCACUUUCUUUCCUUGUUCCUUCUUUGCUACAAUUCACAUUCUCAGAAGAUGAUCCUAUUCUUCAAAUUGCAAUUGAUAAUUCUAGAAAUAUUUUAUAUACACGAUCUGAGAAAGGAGUAAUACAGGUGUAUGAUUUGGGACAAGAUGGACAAGGAAUGAGCAGAGUUGCCUCCGUGUCACAGAAUGCCAUUGUCUCUGCUGCUGGUAACAUUGCUAGGACCAUCGAUCGUUCUGUUUUUAAACCAAUUGUCCAAAUAGCAGUGAUUGAAAAUUCUGAAUCACUGGACUGCCAGUUAUUGGCUGUCACACAUGCAGGUGUAAGGUUAUAUUUCAGCACUUGUCCAUUCAGACAGCCAUUAGCACGGCCUAAUACAUUGACGCUGAUUCACGUCCGCUUACCUCCUGGAUUCUCAGCAUCUUCAACCGUAGAAAAGCCUUCAAAAGUACAUAGAGCACUUUAUAGUAAAGGUAUUCUAUUGAUGGCAGCCUCAGAAAAUGAGGAUAAUGAUAUUUUAUGGUGUGUCAACCAUGAUACUUUCCCUUUCCAAAAGCCAAUGAUGGAAACCCAGAUGACAACCCGUGUUGAUGGUCAUUCCUGGGCUCUUUCUGCGAUAGAUGAAUUGAAAGUAGAUAAAAUAAUUACACCCUUAAACAAGGAUCAUAUUCCAAUAACUGAUUCACCAGUUGUUGUACAGCAGCACAUGUUACCUCCGAAGAAAUUUGUUCUCCUCUCAGCACAGGGGAGCCUUAUGUUUCAUAAACUUAGACCUGUAGAUCAACUGAGGCAUCUACUUGUGAGUAAUGUGGGUGGAGAUGGAGAAGAGAUUGAAAGAUUCUUUAAAUUACAUCAGGAAGACCAGGCUUGUGCUACUUGCCUUAUUCUUGCUUGCUCCACUGCUGCCUGUGACAGAGAAGUAUCUGCCUGGGCUACUCGGGCUUUCUUUAGGUAUGGUGGUGAAGCACAGAUGAGAUUUCCAACCACUCUUCCGCCUCCAAGUAAUGUUGGUCCCAUCUUGGGGUCUCCUGUCUAUUCUAGUUCUCCUGUUCCUAGUGGUAGUCCCUAUCCAAAUCCAUCCUUUUUGGGAACACCAUCUCAGGGUAUACAGCCUCCUGCCAUGUCAACUCCAGUGUGUGCUCUGGGAAACCCAGCAACUCAGGCCACAAAUAUGAGUUGUGUGACUGGACCAGAGAUUGUGUAUUCUGGAAAACACAAUGGUAUUUGCAUUUACUUUUCUCGGAUCAUGGGAAACAUUUGGGAUGCAAGCUUAGUUGUGGAGAGAAUAUUCAAGAGUGGCAACAGAGAGAUCACUGCAAUUGAAAGUAGUGUUCCCUGCCAACUGCUAGAGUCAGUGCUACAAGAACUAAAGGGUUUGCAGGAAUUUCUAGACAGAAAUUCCCAGUUUGCAGGAGGACCAUUAGGAAAUCCAAAUACUACUGCUAAAGUGCAGCAGAGGCUGAUAGGAUUCAUGCGUCCUGAAAACGGAAAUCCCCAGCAAAUGCAACAGGAGCUUCAGAGGAAGUUUCAUGAGGCUCAACUAAGUGAAAAGAUUUCACUUCAGGCAAUUCAGCAGCUGGUUCGAAAAUCAUAUCAGGCUCUGGCUUUAUGGAAACUUCUUUGUGAACAUCAAUUCACUGUCAUUGUGGCAGAACUUCAGAAGGAACUUCAAGAGCAGCUGAAGAUCACAACCUUUAAAGAUCUUGUAAUCAGGGACAAAGAACUCACAGGGGCAUUAAUUGCUUCUCUUAUCAACUGCUACAUCAGAGAUAAUGCCGCUGUUGAUGGCAUUAGUUUACAUUUGCAGGAUAUCUGCCCACUUCUGUAUAGCACUGAUGAUGCCAUUUGUUCCAAGGCAAAUGAGCUUCUCCAGCGUUCCCGACAAGUUCAAAAUAAGACUGAAAAAGAAAGAAUGUUAAGGGAAUCAUUAAAGGAAUAUCAAAAAAUUAGCAAUCAAGUGGACCUUUCCAAUGUUUGUGCUCAGUAUAGACAAGUGAGAUUUUAUGAGGGUGUGGUGGAACUUUCUCUUACGGCUGCAGAGAAAAAAGAUCCUCAAGGUCUUGGACUUCAUUUCUAUAAACAUGGAGAACCAGAAGAAGAUAUAGUUGGACUUCAGGCCUUCCAAGAAAGAUUAAACAGUUACAAGUGCAUUACAGACACACUUCAAGAACUGGUAAAUCAAAGUAAGGCCGCUCCUCAGUCUCCCAGUGUACCCAAAAAACCUGGUCCUCCAGUAUUGUCAUCUGAUCCAAAUAUGCUGAGUAAUGAAGAAGCAGGACAUCAUUUUGAACAAAUGCUUAAAUUGUCACAGCGAUCCAAGGAUGAGCUCUUUAGUAUUGCCCUUUAUAAUUGGCUAAUACAAGCUGACCUUGCAGAUAAGCUGCUACAGGUUGCUUCUCCAUUUCUGGAGCCCCAUCUAGUCCGAAUGGCCAAAGUUGAUCAAAACAGAGUUCGUUAUAUGGAUUUACUCUGGCGGUAUUACGAGAAGAAUAGAAGUUUCAGUAAUGCUGCUCGUGUACUGUCCAGACUGGCUGACAUGCAUAGCACAGAAAUUUCACUUCAGCAGCGAUUGGAGUACAUUGCUCGAGCCAUUCUUAGUGCGAAAAGUUCCACUGCCAUUUCAUCAAUAGCUGCCGAUGGUGAAUUCCUUCAUGAAUUAGAAGAAAAAAUGGAGGUUGCUAGGAUCCAACUUCAGAUACAAGAGACACUACAAAGGCAGUAUUCCCAUCAUUCUUCUGUACAGGAUGCAGUGUCUCAGCUGGAUUCUGAGCUGAUGGACAUAACUAAGCUUUAUGGGGAAUUUGCUGACCCAUUUAAACUUGCAGAGUGUAAACUUGCAAUAAUUCAUUGUGCCGGUUAUUCAGACCCUAUAUUGGUGCAGACACUUUGGCAAGAUAUCAUAGAGAAAGAACUGAAUGACAGUGUGACAUUGAGCUCCUCGGAUAGAAUGCAUGCUCUUAGUCUCAAGAUUGUUCUGCUUGGCAAAAUUUAUGCCGGCACACCACGCUUCUUUCCUUUAGAUUUUAUUGUACAGUUUUUAGAACAGCAGGUUUGUUCUUUGAACUGGGAUGUGGGCUUCGUAAUACAGACAAUGAAUGAAAUUGGAGUACCAUUACCUAGACUACUAGAAGUUUAUGAUCAGUUGUUCAAAUCACGGGAUCCAUUCUGGAAUAGAAUGAAGAAGCCACUGCACCUUUUGGAUUGUAUACAUGUAUUAUUGACAAGAUAUGUUGAGAAUCCCAGCCAAGUUUUAAAUUGUGAAAGGAGAAGAUUUACAAAUCUCUGCCUGGAUGCUGUUUGUGGUUACCUUGUUGAGCUCCAGUCUAUGAGCUCGUCAGUAGCAGUACAAGCCAUCACUGGGAAUUUUAAAUCUCUUCAGGCUAAAUUAGAACGGCUUCAUUAAUUACUGUGAUAUACUUUCAUCCAUUUUGUGAUCUGUAAAAUAAAAACUCAGCUGGGUCCAGAUAUCAGGUGUUCUAAAUCUAAAUGUAAGAACAGUCUUAGUGGAAGUAUGUUUUUAAUAAGUGGCUAACAUCUACAAAUAGUACCUUUUCUAAAUGAA